GUGGCGGGUGGCGAGCACAAAGGCGGCGGCAGCGGCGGCGGCCAGCAAGCAGAGCCCGCAAGAGGCGGCGGGCGGCGGAGGUCCAAACCAUGAAUUACGUUGGACAGUUAGCAGGGCAAGUGUUUGUGACUGUGAAGGAGCUCUAUAAGGGACUAAACCCAGCCACAUUGUCAGGAUGUAUUGAUAUAAUUGUCGUACGUCAGCCAGAUGGAAACCUUCAGUGUUCCCCUUUCCAUGUGCGCUUUGGGAAAAUGGGAGUCCUGCGUUCUAGGGAGAAAGUGGUUGACAUAGAAAUUAAUGGAGAGGCUGUAGAUUUGCACAUGAAACUAGGAGACAAUGGAGAGGCCUUUUUUGUGCAAGAGAUGGAUAACGAUCAGGAGGUAAUUCCUUAUCAUCUCUGCACGUCUCCUAUUCAGUCUGAGGGAACUGCUUUAAUGGAAGCUCAUCUGAAGAGGAACUCCAUAGACAGGAUAAGAAACCUGGACACUAGUCCAUCCUCACAAGUACAAGCUCAGUCUCAUGGAUCUCAAGCUUCUACUGAAACAUCUCCAGUCUGUAGCUCUAUGAAAAAAAGGAGGAAAAAGAGGAGGAAGUCUAGCCAUAAAAUAGACAGCUUAAAACGAGAAGAUGGUGGAGACACAUCAGAAGAUGAAGACAUGUUUCCUAUAGAGAUUAGCUCAGAGGAAGAAAAAGAACCAAUGGACAAUUCAAGGAUCCCUGUUCCAGAUGUGUGUGCUGAUGAGGUAUCUGAUAGAAAUGCUCCUGCAGUUUCUACAUUUUCCCAGUCUGCAUCUUACCCUCAUUCAGAUGGAGAAUGGUCACCUCUUCAAAGCCCAUCAGAUUCACGUCCUUCUACACCUAAAAGUGACUCAGAACUAGUCAGCAAACCUGUGGACAGAAGUGGACUGAAGAAUAAUCCUCAAAUGCACUGGGCAUGGGGAGAACUGCCCCAGGCUGCAAAGGCCAGUUCUCUGCUCAAAGCAAAGGAACCCAGUGUGGAGGAUGUAAAUCCUUCUGAAAGUGAUCACUUCCAGGUCAUCCAAAGUUCCACUACAGAGGAGUUUAACACUGUGUCUCCUCUGCCUGCCCUUGGACAAGCAGACGCAGCAACUGCUGAUGAAAGUGAAUCUUUACCAGCUGAGACAAAUAAGCUGACAGAAUCUCCAGAAGUAGCUGUACCAACUCUGGCUGCCAGUGAAGAAAUCAAACAAGCUGCAGCUUGCUCAACCCAACUACCUGGCAAGACAGAUUCCCCUUCCAGGAAAAAAGACAAACGAAGCCGGCAUCUUGGUACUGAUGGUGUCUAUUUAGAUGACCUCACUGACAUGGAUCCAGAAGUUGCUGCACUUUAUUUCCCCAAGAAUGGGGAUAAUGCCCAAAGCAAGCACACGAAUGACAUGGGGCUGCAGUCUGCCAGCCACUCUCCGCAGUCUGUCGGGAGCUCAGGUGUUGACAGUGGGGUUGAAAGCACCUCGGAUGGAAUUCGAGAUUUGCCCUCCAUUGCCAUUUCUCUCUGCGGAGGCCUCGCGGACAACAAAGAAAUUACCAAAGAAGUGUUCUUGGAACAUGCAGUAACAUAUCAGCAGUUUGUGGACAAUCCUGCUAUUAUUGAUGACCCUAACCUUGUGGUUAAGAUUGGAAAUAAGUACUACAACUGGACGACAGCUGGUCCCCUUCUGCUGGCAAUGCAGGCGUUCCAGAAACCUUUGCCAAAGGCCACUGUGGAAUCUAUCAUGAGGGACAAGAUGCCCAAAAGAGGUGGAAGGUGGUGGUUUUCAUGGCGAGGGAGGAACAGCACUAUUAAAGAGGAAACAAAGCCAGAGCAAGGUACGAGUAGGAGUGGACUUACAGGAGAAGACUCUUCACAGAUGAAUAUGACAAACAGAGUAAAAGAUGAAUCUUCUUCAAGCGAUGAAGACCCUAGAGCUGCUAAACAAAACCUUGGGGCAUUACAGAACAACUCAAGUCAUGUCUCAAUGUUGCCUGGAAUCAGUUACAAAAAAACACUUCGACUCACUUCUGACCAGCUUAAAAGCCUAAAGCUCAAGAAUGGCCCCAAUGAUGUGACCUUUAGUGUUACAACACAGUAUCAAGGCACUUGCCGCUGUGAGGGCACCAUUUACCUAUGGAAUUGGGAUGAUAAAGUUGUUAUUUCUGACAUUGAUGGAACAAUCACAAGGUCAGAUACUUUAGGUCAUAUUUUGCCAACUUUGGGCAAAGACUGGACACACCAAGGGAUUGCAAAGUUGUACCAUAAAGUGAGCCAAAAUGGAUAUAAAUUUUUGUAUUGCUCAGCACGUGCUAUUGGAAUGGCAGACAUGACCAGAGGAUACUUGCACUGGGUCAAUGAACGAGGAACUGUGCUGCCUCAAGGGCCAGUGCUACUGAGUCCAAGCAGCUUAUUCUCAGCUUUUCACAGGGAGGUGAUAGAAAAGAAGCCAGAAAAAUUUAAAGUUCAGUGUUUGACAGACAUCAAAAAUUUAUUUUAUCCCAACACAGAACCCUUUUAUGCUGCCUUUGGAAACAGACCUGCUGAUGUUUAUUCAUACAAACAGGUGGGGGUUUCCUUAAACAGGAUAUUUACAGUUAACCCUAAAGGAGAACUUAUACAAGAGCACGCGAAGACAAAUAUCUCAUCCUAUGUCAGACUGUGUGAAGUGGUAGAUCACAUUUUCCCUUUGCUGAAAAGAAGCAAUUCUUCAGACUUCCCUUGUUCUGACACCUACAGCCAGUUCACCUUCUGGAGAGAACCUCUGCCGCCUUUUGAAACUCAGGAUGUGCAUCCCGCCUCAUCUUAACUGCAUCUCCAACUUGCUUGCCUCAGCUCAAAGCAUAAAUUAGAUUGUACUGAAAGGUCAUCACUUGGCUGUUGCUGUUGACAGUUCAGCUGGAAUCUGUGAUGUUGUGGACAUUAUAUUCUUUUGCUGUGAGCAAAUUUAGAAAUGCUUUUUCGUACUUAGCCACGUUUCCAGAUGACAAAGAGGAAUCUUACUAGGAAUAGGAGUUGCAUUUCUAGCUCUUCAUUCCGCUCCUCAAGUUGUGCCAUAGUUUCCUUUUUUAAGGUCAAAUAAAAGUAAUGUUGGAGUUGCAGUUAAAAAUGCCAUGAGGUCAUAAAGUGGUUCUGUAUCUUUAGCAUCACUGAAGUCAUCCUUUUUCUCAUUGGAGCCCUCUGCAAGUAAAGGAGCUGAAAGUGCUCACUAUUCCUGAUAUCAUCUGGUGACAUGGACAGGGAUUUCAAUAUGUGAAAAUUCCUUUCUCUGAAGGAACAAAUGAUUCUUCCACUUUCCCCUUGCUUGACCAACAACUGUUUAAGACUGAAUAACUGGUCUAGAUUCUCAGCUGUUAUGAAUCAGUGUAGCUAUCAAAGCAGCUUGAGUUGUGUUUAUUUAUUCCAGCCCGUUGUUUUGACAUGGUAACACUUUUCUGAGGUUAAAAAUGACGUGUAACCUAAAUAGAAAGCGAAUGAAAUAAGAUGGCCAGAAUCUGGUUGCAUUUUCUCAGUUUAAAAGUACCAUGCUUCAAGAAUAGCAAUUUGGAUAAGCGUCCAAGUGGCAGUUGCAGGGCUGCUGUGGGUAGUGCCCAUUUUCCUGAAGUCUUUCAGUAAAGACAUCUUACCCACAGAAUGUGUUGAGUUUCAAGAUUGUACUGAGCCAAGAACACUGAGGAUUUUGUCAAAGUGGAAUAGUUUUAUUUGAAGCAUUAUUUUGACUAAAAUGUGAACUUUGAUGUGGUGAAUGAUGCAUCUCAGGUUUUUACCGUAUGGAUUUAGGGUUUUUUUCUGUAUCAUAAACAAUGGAUACUUUUAGUGCAAUUUACUCUCCUCCAAGAUACUGAAAUCUUCUCUUCAUCUUUUCUUUUUUCCCUUAUUUGUGCAGACACAAGCUGUAGCUACUGGUUUUGCUACCUGCUUCUGACAGCCUUAAGACCUGACUGUACGUGCUAAAAGCAAUACUGCAGAUCAGUUUUGCAAAUGGUCUGCCUUUACACAAUGCAGUACUUUAAUUGAAUAUAGACAUCAAAUGACUGUAUGCCAAAUGAUUCUCUUAUGUGCAUUUAGCAAAGAAAGAAACUUUUUUUCCCCUCCUUUAAAAAUAUAUUUAGAAGUCUAAUUGUUCUCUGAAACACUGAAAAUGGUAUCAUGGG